AAACAACUUUAUAAAGCAUUCGCUGGAAGUGAUUCGGAUGUGCCGUGUCAAUUCAAUUACGUACGCCGAGAGCUUUACCGCGUCGAAGAUUAAGGCAAUGAAAAAAUAUUAUAAUAAAAUACCUAGCAAACAUCUCAUAGACAGAUGAGUCCGGGUAAACGCAGCCCGCUCUGCGAAGCAACCGACGCUCGACCCAGCGUCACUGUCACCGACAUGGACACCGUGCACGAAGAAAAUGAUGACAGUGAUGAAUCAUCAUACUCCGACCUCGGCAGACUACGUGAGAGGACGAGGGCCAUGCUUGGCACCGCUGCGGACCCGCUCAUACAGAACUCACACUCACAGCCGAAUAGUAGACGUAUGUCUAGCGAUAUCGAUGCUAAGCUCGCCGCCAACCUUAACACAAGACGUCCGUCAGCAAUAAUCGCUGCAUUUCGACGUCCAUCGCAAGCGUUGGCACUGUGCGCGGCAACACAGCGUCGCUUUCUAUCAGAACUGUCACCACAUUCCCGCACUUCUGUUGCCUCCACGACACACGAACCACCACCAUCCGCAGCAGAAAUACUUGGACAUGAGGCGUUAAGUAAGGCACUGUCAGCUCUUUACGCCAAAUUACUAGUGGUGCUCGGGCUGGCGUUUCCAGUUACUGAAGUAAUUGCCACUGGUGUGCCGGAAUCGUAUUAUCAGGGUUUUUACUUAUAUCUGUACUUAGUGUCGGUGCUGUUUGUGAUAUUUCAAUACGCGAACCUGAUCCGACAGAAAGCUGUUAAUUCGAUCAUCCACGAACACGAAAAUCCAGAUAAUGGAAAAACGACGCCAGGGGAAAAAAAUAAACAGAAGGAGACAAUUUCGCGUUAUGGCAGCUUUUAUUUGAGAUUAGGAGCCAUGGCAUUUGGUAUUGGUUCGAUGGUGUACAGUGGAUUGGAAUUCGGUGAAUACUUCGAAAUGACAGAUCGCUGUCGAUCGAUCAUGUCCGCGCUGACGCCGGCGUUGAGAAUGGCAUUAACUUUGGCUCAGAUGCAGUUCAUUUUCCUAACGAACAAAGACAUCGGGGCGGGCAGCUAUAAAAUAGUGCAGAGAUUCGGAAUCAUGCAUAUGAUAGCGACCAAUCUGUGCGAGUGGCUGUAUGUGCUAGUCGAGGAGACAAAGCAUGAAAUACAUCACUUGGAACAUUCGAUACCGGAGACGAACAUAUCUCAGAAUGAAACGACGGAGCUGCAUUGUCGACGAGCUAAUAUUAUGGGCGCCUUGUUACAAAACGCAUCACCCUUCUUGUUUCCUUGCACGAUUGAAUAUUCGCUCAUCUGUGCUGUUAUAUUGUAUGAAAUGUGGAAAGAGGUAAAAUGUACACCGGAGGAUUUUGAAAAAAAAUUCAACAUUCCUAAAAACAAAUCGAGAAAUAAUUCAGUUACACCAGAAAAAAUCUUACAACAAUUCGCGGGUAUGCUGGGUGUGAGUUCGCCUCACGGAAGCCGCACCGCCCUGCACCACUUCUCAGUGGAUUGCUCACACGCACACCGCGGUCUCUUCGCCGGCAUACUGCUUAUCGUCUUCACUAUUAUAUCUCUCAUCAUGUUCUUCGUUCUAGCACACAAUCCGAAGACUAUACACGAUGCUAUAUUUCAAGUAAACAUUUGCGAAUUGAUACUAUACUCUUUGACUCUGUUAGCGUCUGCCACUGCUUUGAAGCAAAUGAGAGCAUUGCCGUAUAAACGAAAAUCUCAAGCAAUUUUAGGUCUUGAUACAUCUUUAUUGAUCUUGGCGCAGUCGGGGAUGUUUGUGUAUUGCAUGUUCAGUCUGAUCGGCAGUCACCAUACUAUGUACAAUGACAACAGCACCGGCGUCACUGGAUUCUUCUCAGAACUAUUAUCAUUGAAUCAGACCAUCUUGCAAUCUCUGUUCAUCCUGGAUGCAUGGUGGCGUCGCAGUAGCACGUCGGAGCAGCGCCGACAGAAGCCGGGUCGACAACUCGUCACCUUCCUCCUCGUUGCCAACAUGGCCAUGUGGGCUAUCAAUACAUUGGAAAAGAAUCGAGCAGAAUUCCGUCCAGCACACUUGGCGUUUUACGGUCCAUGGGCUUGGACAAUAAUAACGCAUGUGUCGAUGCCGCUGGCAAUUUUCUACCGCUUCCACUCCACAAUAUGCCUCUUCGAAAUUUGGAAGAACAGCUUCAAGAACAAACCAAUUUACUUAAAUGUAUAA